UACGCCGGGCAGCCCCGCGACGGCCGCGUGGAAGGACCCAUUUCUUUGGCGGCAGCGAGCGCGGCGGGAGUUCCGAGAGCGGGCCGCAGACCUGCUCCCCGUCAUCAUGUCUGUCAGUGAGAUGUUUAUCACCUUGCAAGGAGUGCUUACGGCCGACCAGGAUAUUCGCGAGGAGAUCAGGAAAGUUGUUCAAACUCUGGAGCAAACAGCUCGGGAAAUUCUUACAGUGCUACAAGGAGUCCAUCAAGGUUCUGGAUUUCAGGACAUACCAAAGAAGUGUCUGAAGGCUCGUGAACACUUUUGUACUGUUAAAACACAGCUAGCCUCUUUGAAAAUCAAGUUUCCUGCGGAUCAAUAUUAUAGAUUCCACGAACAUUGGAGGUUUGUGCUGCAGCGUUUGGUAUUUUUAGCAGCAUUUGUUGUCUACUUGGAGACAGAAACUUUAGUGACUCGGGAAGCUGUUACAGAAAUACUUGGAAUUGAAGCAGACAGAGAGAGAGGUUUUCACCUGGAUAUUGAGGAUUACCUUUCUGGUGUAUUAACUCUUGCCAGUGAGCUGUCCAGACUUGCCGUGAAUAGUGUCACUGCUGGGGACUAUUCACGCCCACUUCGCAUCUCUGCUUUCAUCAAUGAGUUGGAUUCUGGAUUCCGUCUUCUCAAUUUGAAGAACGAUUCCCUGAGGAAACGCUAUGAUGGCCUCAAGUAUGACGUCAAGAAGAUAGAGGAGGUGGUGUAUGACCUGUCAAUCCGAGGGCUCAACAAGGAAGCCACUGGUGGUGCUGGUGGGAAGAAAUAGAAAGGGGCCUGUUGAGCCGCAUCAAUAAUUACCUCAGUUUUGCUGCCAAUGAAGGAGAAGCUUUAAGUGAGCUGUCCAGCAGUAGCUUAGAGGAACCACAAGCUGUAAACCACUUUUCUUUUUCACAACUGAAUAUUUAGAAUGUCCGAAUGAAAGCACUCAAAACCAUUCUGUGAAUGAUCAUCUAGUGGACUGUGUCUGCAGUGUAAGUCAGCAUGGUAUAAUCAAACUGUUACUAGAACUGCAGCUAUUGCUGUCCAGUUGACCUGCAAGACCAGCUUAUUGGUGGAGCUAUUUUGCCACUGGAUCACAGGUUUUGUUUUCUUUCCUGGCCAUGCUAAGCCUCAUCUUUCAGGCUCUCCAUACCAUCCACAUUCAGUGCAGUUUAUGCACAUUACAGUGGAGCCCUUGGCUGCAGCAAGUAUGUAAAUAUCAUUAUUGUAAAAAUAUGAUCAAAACACUUCAUUUUCUAUUCAUGCUCAUAAACCACACAGAUUAUUGGGGUAAAGUUAAUCAGUUCAGAUUUAGGAAAAUCAGUUCAAUAGACAUUUUGGGAUUUUGUUUUCAAAUAGUCAUUAUUAUGUAAUACACAGAUAACCUUUUAUUCUAAAAGAAGCUCAUUUGUAGACAUGGGAAGAGGAAUGAACCAUUCCUUGAAACUUGAAUAGCUGGUUGUAGGCAUAGCUCUCCAGUUCCAAAUAGCAGAACAAUUUUAAAUGAUUUACUGGAGGGCUGGAUCUCAAGGAGGCCAGUAGCUACAGAAGGGUGAUGGUGCUAGUGAUCCUUUAACUUCUAAGUGACCUGUUUCAUAUUUCUUUCCUUUUGUAUUGUAUCUUUUCUUGAAAAUAAAAUCUGAGGUAGGUUAUAAAGCAGUGGAAGCAUUGAUCGUAACCAAAAGGAAAACUGCUAUUCUUACCUUAAUCCUAGAUGUGCUUACCUUCUUGCCUACUUGUCCCAUUUCCAAGCAAAUGUACAUUGUCACAAAUAUCACAGCCUUAGCAGUAUAGCAUAAAGGGCACAGGAUCAAACAAACUGGCCUUCACCUUCAUGUGCGUGUUACCUCCAUCAUAUCGGUACUCAACACCCAUCUUCUCUAUCUUGUUUGUGCAAUUUGUUUCUGCAGUAUAGAGUUGUGUUCUGUCUGUACAUUUUUCACAUUGUGUGCUUUAUAAAAUCUAUUUUUCUCCUUGCCCUAAAGCUUUCAUUUGAUAAAGAACACCUCCAAAGAAUAAGAGAAUGUUCAUACUUCACAAUAUUAGCAGCUGUAACUAUCUUUCUUUGUAAAGCAUUGCCUUGUUCUGGUUACAUUUUUUUAAAAAAAGGUUGACUAGGAAGCAAAUACUUCCUUUGUUAGUAUGGAUAAAUAAAUAAAGCAAAUCCACCAUUCUUUAACAAGCUAUGUGUUCCUGCAAUUCUGUGAUGUAUGUUUCUUGCACAAUAAAAGCCCAGUAAAUCAUUGAGUAA